AGAACGAACCGGAGUUCCAUGGACAUUUGUGCUUUACGUAAGGAUUCAACAAGUUAUAUAGCUUGUAGACGUUAGUAUGGUAUGAAUGGCUUAUACUGGAGGUCGUUUAACACGGCUUUAUAGCUUAUGUUCCGGUGUUAUUUUACGUAGAUCUCUUUCUCAUGUAGGAAUGGACGACAUGGGCAUCAGCAUGAGCCGUUCCUGUCUUGAGCGGCUGGAGUUUGACAAUGUUGCCCUUAAAAAACUCCCGUUGGAUCCAUCCACUGAACCGGGAGUCCGACAGGUACGAGGUGCGUGCUUCUCUAGAGUACUACCAACACCUCUCAAUAAACCAAAGUUUGUGGCAGUUUCGGGGCCAGCUCUUGCACUUCUGGGUCUUAAUGCUAAUGAUGUCCUGAAGGAUCCACUGGGCCCAGAGUAUCUCAGUGGGUCUAAAUUGAUGCCUGGAUCAGAGCCUGCUGCCCAUUGCUACUGCGGGCACCAGUUUGGACAGUUUGCAGGACAGCUGGGUGAUGGAGCUGCAUGCUAUCUGGGAGAGGUGAAAGCCCCAGUGGAUCAGUGCCCUGAGUUACAGCAUGAGAAUCCCACAGGUCGCUGGGAAAUCCAGGUGAAAGGUGCUGGGCUGACACCAUAUUCUAGGCAAGCAGAUGGCCGAAAAGUUUUGCGCUCCAGCAUCCGUGAGUUCCUUUGCAGUGAGGCGGUUUAUUCCUUGGGAGUGCCAACCACAAGAGCAGGAUCUGUAGUUACCUCAGAUUCGUGGGUCGUGAGGGAUAUCCACUACGACGGGAAUCCACAGAUGGAAAGAUGCUCUGUAGUCUUGCGCAUUGCUCCCAGCUUCAUUAGAUUUGGAUCAUUUGAAAUCUUCAAGCGAGCUGAUGAGUUUACAGGGCGUCAAGGUCCCAGCUAUGGCUAUGAUGAGAUCAGAACCCAGAUGUUGGAUUAUGUAAUUGAGAACUUCUACCCCGAGAUCCAGCAGAGUCACUCAGACCGUGUAGAGAGGAUCACUGCCUUCUUUAGAGAGGUGACUGUACGAACAGCUAGGCUGGUGGCACAAUGGCAGUGUGUGGGUUUCUGUCAUGGAGUCCUCAAUACUGAUAACAUGAGCAUCCUGGGCAUCACUUUGGACUAUGGCCCUUUUAGCUUCAUGGACCGUUUUGACCCAGAUUUCAUCUGCAAUGCUUCUGAUAACUCGGGGCGGUACUCUUACCAGGCACAGCCGGCCAUCUGCCGCUGGAAUUUAGCUCGGCUAGCAGAAGCCCUAGUCCCUGACCUACCUCCUGACCGGGCCGAACCUUUGCUGGAUGAAUACCUGCCUCUUUAUAAUGCCUUCUACCUGAGCAACAUGAGAAAAAAACUGGGUCUGCUAAGGAAUGAGGAACCAGAGGACGAGAUGCUCAUCACAGAACUUAUGCAGACAAUGCAUAACACUGGUGCAGACUUUACCAAUACUUUCCGCAGUUUGAGUCAAAUAUCCUGCCCUACACAGGAGGAGGGAGAAGAUGACAAUGAGGCUAUUAGACAAGCCACAGAGCUGCUCCUACAGCAGUGUGCCUCUCUAGAGGAGCUGAAAGCCGCAAACAGACCUACCAUGGACCCACGUGAGCUUACAAUGCUGCUGUCCAUGGCUCAGAGUAACCCUGCACUGUUCCAGAUGUUGUCAGACAGGAAAACACUGGCCCAGCAGCUGGAGAGACUCUCAAGAUUGAAGGAGCUGAUGGACAUCAGUGAGGAACAGCUUAAGGCUAAGCAGAGUAAAGACUGGACCUGCUGGAUCCAGAAAUACAGGCAGCGGCUUGCUCGUGAGUGUGAGUUCGCAGUUAAUUUCAAAGCUGUACAGGAGGAGAGAGUUCAUGUGAUGAACAGCACCAACCCACGUGUGGUUCUCAGAAACUACAUCGCCCAGAAUGCUAUAGAGGCUGCUGAAAAUGGUGACUUUUCAGAGGUCCAGAGAGUUCUGAAAGUGUUGGAAAGGCCGUUCUCUGUGCAGGAAGGUCUUGAACAGCCAGGCUGGAUGGGUAGAGGAGAAGUGGAGGAUCCAGGAGAGAGAGAUGAGGCAGGAGAAGAUGGGAAUACUUCAAGAGAGGGCAUAGGAUCAAGAGCAGAGGCUCGAGGACUUGUCCCAUAUGACAGCAGGCCCCCUACCUGGGCCAAUGAGAUCUGUGUCACCUGAUCAUCUUAAAACCUUCAUGACAACCUACCUGUUCCUUAAUGCAGAAUAAUCCUGCAGAAGCUGGUUGGGUGUCAGUGAAGGCAUUAAAAGAGGUAUUAAACUCCUGUCCAUCAGUUAAAAACUUGCAGUAAGAUCAUGUGUAAAGGCUUAAUGAUAAUCUCGUUGUUAUCUUCAGUAUUCAUACUACAGUCCUGCACAUUUAUCUCUGUUUGUUAAACUGGUUAUGAAUGAAGACUUAGAUUACCAGUCUCACAAUGACAGGUCUUGGUCUGAAAGACAGAAGUUUUUCCUCAAUAUACAGUAUAUAUAUACAGUAAAAUGUCUGGAUUUGAAUGUAGAAGGGUGUUCGUAGUUAAUCGCGCAAGCCACUGAGCAAUGAAGCUUAAAUGCACAAACAGGUGUAAUCCGUUAAUGGACAUCUAUCUCACUUUGAAUCAUGUAGUUAGUAUGUAGCACUGAUUUAGUACUUAAUCCCAUUGUACUAGUUUGCAACAGUCAAAAGCUGGUUAUACUUGGCAAAAGUGGCCUGACUUUCAAUAAGCAUAUUUUCCAGGUUUCCCAACUGUCUUUGGCAAAACUGAAUCAUAUUUUUAAAAAUGUAAUUGCAAAAUGCAUCACAAAUCAUUGGGAGGGGUAAUUUGUAAUUACACAUUUUUAUUUUGGAGUCAACUGGAGGAGUAUUUUUAUAUCCUUUGUGCUCAUUCCUGAAAUUCUCUUUCAGUUCUGUUCCAAAUAUGAUUAACAGAAUUUCAGAUGUUUUUCAGACAUGGUUUGCAUUUUUAUUUUUUAAGCUUUUUAUGAACUGCCCUGAGUAAUAUGCAGUAUUUCCAAGAUAAAGUAAUAUAAUAAACAUAU